AUGGCCGGCGGUUCAUCACCAAAGACUGAAGUUGAGGCCCGAGAGAAGAAAAGGGCGAAGGACAAGGUCCGAAAGUCUGGCACCAGCGCUCAGGGCAAAGCGCUUCAACUAGGCGAAUUUGCCGGGGUGUUUUCGGCUGUCGUCUACUACAACCCAACGUAUGGAUGGCUGGACGGGGCUAUCCACGUACCUGAAGGCCAAGACAUCCCCGACGUGAAUGCAUUUUUUGCCCAAAUUUUGAACGAAUCGCCCAGCAACAGUCCACGACACGGCCCGCGGCGGGCGAAAACGUGCCGCCAGUCCCCACAGGACGCCCAAGCAGGUGACAACUCCGUUCGCGAUAAGAUGACGGCGGGGACUGGCAGAGUGGAGAUCGACGUCGCUGCGGAGGCAGAUGUCCUCCAGAUCAACGGCGUCGACGGCAAUGGCCCUUAUCGUGUUGGUGCUUCGCCAAUCAGUCAUGGCGGGAAUUCCAAAGUAGCCAAAGACAACGACACCGCGAGGCAGCUUCACCAACGCCUCGCCGACGGUCCGGCCCUUCGGGGUACGAGCCGAUGUGCUGUGAAGCAAGAGAUGCCCGACGGCGCCGUCGCUGAUGACGCGGGCCGGGUUGACGCGUCGGGGGGUGUAUGGGACAUCGGCACGCAUGGCCUCUUCGACAGUGUGGUUGGAAACAAGAUGCAGAACGGGCAGUCCGGCGACGUCUCGGAGUGGGAGACGGUGAGUGCACAAUACACCGAAGCCCCAAUGACACGGGUGGCGGGCCCAGGCCUCUCCAGAAUACAAGCGGUCAAAGUGCAGCGGUUUUUGCGGCAGGUGUCUGUGCAUAUGCGACUCGCCUCCCGUCAAGAGCGGCUGCCACCGCACCGGGUGGUUCAUCAGGACAGAUGGAGAGGUUUGUUGCAGCGAAAUCGCAGGCGAUGA